ACCGAGAUAUACGUUGCUUUUGUCGCAUUUGCAAAGGCAUCAAUGUGGGGCUGGGUAACUCUCCUGCUUCCACUAGACGCUGCGCGCAGGGCGCUGCUGACUUCAUUGUAACAAUUCCAUUGGGCGCCUGUUGAUAAUAAACCUUUAACAUUUAGCGUUAGUUCAGCAGGUCUACUUUGCUGCUUUUCCGCCCACCCUGCCUGCAGCGUGAUUUUAUGAAAUCCCCAUGUAACAGCACAGACGCGCACAGCCAGUAAUAACGCAGUAACUGCCAUUUUAUAUUCAAUCCAUAAAAGAUUCACCAUCUGACCCAGCGGAGAAAUGUGGGGUCAGUACAAAUAUACUGCUCUGCCCAUGGGACUAGAUGAAGUCUAUUUACCACAGUCUCCUAAAUCAGUUUCAUCUGAUACCUGGCUGACGUGGUGUUGCCAUAAAGCAAUAUCCUGCUUGUCGCUCCUUUUCCUUAUUGUAACCUUCCCAUUGUCAGCAUGGUGCUUUCUAAAGAUGGUGCCUGAUUACCAACGUAUUGUCAUAUUCCGGCUUGGACGCGUACAAGCCGCACGAGGCCCAGGGCUGGUUUUGUUAUUUCCUCUUAUUGACCAGUUUCAGAGAGUGGACAUGAGAACAAAAGCCUUUAGUGUGCCACCAUCUAAGUUGAAAUCACGUGAUGGUGUUCUGGUGUCCAUGGGAGCAGAUAUCCAGUUUUGCAUUUGUGAUCCUGUGCUGUCUGUCCUGUCUGUCCAAGAUCUGAAUUUUGUCACUCGUAACACAGCCCAGAAUCUGAUGACACAGAGUCUUGGACGCAAAUAUCUGCGCGAAAUACAGAAUGACAGGGGGCGCAUAGCGGAGCACCUGAAGGAGGACCUAAAUGAGCAAGUAAAGCCUUGGGGCCUUUGUGUUGAGCGGGUUGAACUGGCACUAGAAUCCAUCUUACAAACCCCUGAAAAUGCUUUGAUUGUGCCUCCAGUUACACCAGCUGUACCUUGUGGUGGAAUCGAUCAAUUGCUCAUGCAAUUUCUUGCAUUCACAAGACAAAGUUCAAGCAAUGAUAGUCCUUCACCUAAAGUUGCAGAUACUGAGCUCUCGCUAAAGCAGUUGCUAACUAAACUGGAGGCAAGCCUGUCCGAGUCAUUAGUGGCGGAAGUGGGUGCCUCUUAUCAGCUGUAUGUGACAAUGCAUGGAGGAGAAAUAUCUGAAUACUUUCUCGAUCUAAAGUCAGGUUCUGGGAACUGUGGUUGGGGAGUACAUCCUUGUCCUGAUGUUACUUUGGAAAUGACAGAAGCAGACCUCAUGUCCCUUAUUUGUGGAGACCUGCACCCACUCACAGCAUAUACCGGAGGGCGACUGCGUGUGAGUGGCAAUAUACAGACUGCACUUCAACUGGAAAGAGUACUAAAAGCUGCUUGGCAAUGAGGCUUAUUCAUCUUCUGUUUGAACAGCAUUUACUUGUUUUGGGUUAAUAUAGAACUGAUUUCAAGAUGCAUUUAUUUUUUGAUAGAUAAGAGUUUUAAUAAUUCCUUUAUUCUUAUUUGUUCUUAUUUGUUUGGUCCCCAGGUGAAACAAAUUUUCACAUGAUUUUUGGCAGCAUUAUCAGUGCAUAUUCUUUUACUGAUUUGACAAAUAAAUAAAUAUAUUUAUACAAGGCAAAA